CCGGCGGCCGCCUCCUGCGACUCUGCCCGGCGCUGAGCUGCAGCCAUGGCGGUCGCCGCUGAGGGCGCCCGCAGGAAGGAGCGCGUCCUCUGCCUCUUUGACGUGGACGGGACCCUCACGCCCGCUCGCCAGAUGGAACAGCUAAGGCAAAGAAAGGCAAAGCCAUUUGCUCAAAAUCAUCCUACUCUUGAGGGACUUGAGCGAGAGUUUGAAACCAAGUGCAUCUAAUUUGACGUCUGGGUUCUAAACCUUAAAGUGCCUCAGAUCCAGAAAAUUGACCCUGAGGUGGCUGCCUUCCUGCAGAAACUGCGAAGCAGGGUGCAGAUCGGUGUGGUGGGUGGCUCCGACUACUCUAAGAUUGCUGAGCAGCUGGGAGACGGGGACGAAGGGUGGGCCUGAUUAUCCCAUUUAAGAGAGGAGGAUUCUGAAGUCACCCAGGAAGCUGUUUGGACCCAGAGCCCCUGUUCUCAGCUGAGUUCCUGGUCUCAGUUCAUUUGAGGCAAAUGCCUCCAGUUCUUCCAACCAGAAACUUCCAUGACUUUUCCCUUUCCCCACCCCCUUGUUCAUUCCAUCAUUGAGUCCAGAAAUAUUUCCCUUUGCAUGCAUGUCUCCAUCUCCACCGCCCCGCCACUGUCCAGGUGAUCGAGCCCUCCCACCUGGGCCCCGCACCAGCCUCCCGGCUGUGCUCCCUGCACCUCCUCACUCCCGCCCACUCAUGCCACUUGUGGCAGCCAGAGCUGAAAACUUCCGCAUGCAACCAGCCUUGAGAACGCGGUGAUGGAAGCCGUAAAACAAAACGGAAGCCCCUGUACAGAGGAGCUGAGGGAGCACAGAGCAGAAACGACACCCUCUGCCGGGGAGUCCUGGGAGGCUUCCAGAGGAGAGAGCUGGAUCGUGGAGGAGGAGUGGAGCGGGGAGCGGAGGGGAGGGGUUACAGGCAGAAGGACCUGCAUAAGCAAAGACCCAGAGGUGUGACUGGCUUGUUUGUUUGUAAAAAACCAAAGCUGCAGAAGGAGAGGAGGCUGGAAAAGUAGGUUCAGGGUGGAACUCAUGCCUUUGAAGGCCAAACCAAGGAGAGUGGGCUUCAUCUCUCUCCUUGGCUCUGGGUACCUGGUCUCAUGCUCUUUCUUUCUCCCCUGGCUGCUACAUGGCCCUGAAGUCAUCGAGAAUUUCGAUUAUGUGUUUGCUGAGAAUGGGACGGUGCAGUAUAAGCAUGGUCGACUGCUCUCCAAGCAGACCAUCCAGAACCACCUGGGGGAGGAACUGCUACAGGACCUCAUCAACUUCUGCCUCCGCUACAUGGCCCUGCUCAGACUGCCCAAGAAGCGCGGAACUUUCAUCGAGUUCCGGAAUGGCAUGCUGAACAUCUCGCCCAUCGGCCGGAGCUGUACCCUGGAGGAGCGAAUCGAGUUCUCCGAGCUGGACAAGAGCAAACGUUUGAACUUCAGACUCCGCCUGCUGCCCUCUGAUGCUUCCCUGAGGAAGGAGAAGAUCCGGGAGAAGUUCGUGGAAGCCCUGGAAACAGAGUUUGCCGGCAAAGGGCUGAGGUUCUCCCGAGGAGGCAUGAUCAGCUUUGAUGUCUUCCCUGAGGGCUGGGACAAGCGCUACUGCCUGGACAGCCUAGACCAGGACAGCUUCGACACCAUCCACUUCUUUGGGAAUGAGACCAGCCCCGGUGGGAAUGACUUCGAGAUCUACGCUGACCCCCGGACCGUCGGCCACAGUGUGGUCUCCCCUCAGGACACAGUACAACGAUGCCGCGAGAUCUUUUUCCCAGAGACAGCCCACGAGGCAUGACCACAGCCAUAUCGGCCCCUCAGGACUUCCAGAGAGCUCCGUCCAGGCCUAAAGAAAGCCCCUGGCCCUGGCAUUGGGCCGGGUAGCCGGGCCCCAGGAUGCCUGCCUCGUGUUACCUGCUGCAAGGCCCACCUUGAUAUUCCCAGGGUCUGUGUGGACGACUACCCCCAGCCAGUCCGUCCCUCAUGGAACUGGCUCCGUCCUUCACCCCGAUGGCCCUGGCUACUGCUGCUGCUUGUAUUUCUGAACAGGACAGGGUCCUGUCUACUUGGGGAGGAGGCGUGUGCGAGUGCUGGGACGAGAUGGCGCCCGCCCUGCCUGCCGGGCCCAGAUGGGAUGCAGAGCAGUGGGGAAGGUGCAAAUGGCGAGAACUUUAUCUCACGAAUAUUAAAGUUCCCGGAACAAG